AUGUCUCACGAGAGUGUCUGGAACUCGCGCCCGCGCACCUACGGCAAGGGCUCUCGCGCCUGCCGCGUCUGCAAGCACAAGGCCGGUCUUGUCCGCAAGUACGACCUCAACCUGUGCCGUCAGUGCUUCCGCGAGAAGGCCAAGGACAUUGGCUUCACCAAGUUCCGUUAA